GUGGCAAUUCUACAAUAUAUACUGCAACCUGGAAAAAUGGGCCAUUUACAAAAUGGGAUAAUGAGCAACAAGAAUUAAAGAGAGAUGGAGAAAUUAUUUGUAUUCUUAAGACCUUAAAAGAUUUAGAAAAGUCAGCUGGUGAGAUUGAAGCAAGUUUUACUAUUGAACCAUAUUCACAGUCUCUUGUAAAAUGUUAUGGAUUAACAAAAGACCCAGAGACUCGAACUUUUAUGCUCAUUCUCCAUAAAAUGGAUAGCGAUUUACGUCAGUUCCUCGAAGAAAUUUCCAAUAGCAUUAGGAAAUUGCAUAAUAAAGGGAAAAUAUAUAAAGACUUAUACCCAAAAAAUAUCUUAAUUAAUAAAGAUAAACUUCACUGCGUACUUUGUGAUUUUGGACUUUGUAGUUCAUUAAUUCAAGAUUAUGGAAAUUGUCCUUAUAUUGCACCUGAA